AUCUCCCUCACACACACCAGUUUGGGAAGCCGCAGAAGGGGAUCGGUUCUAAACGGUCCAUCUACAGUUAGUGAUAAAAGCCUGUGGGAGCCCACAGAAAUUUCGGGGAUUAACAGCAGCGUCUUGCUUGAAAGUGUGAAGGGCCGGCCGAUGUGAUACAGCUUUUGGGAUGUGGCUCCGAUGGUCUGGGGUGACUGUAGUCCUCCUUAUCUCCUGCAACAGCGCUUUUUCCUUAGUACUUGGAACGUCUGUGAGACGGCUUUAUUUACCAGAGUGUGUAUCUUUUUAAAAUUUAAUGAAAGGAAUUCUUCCACUUAUUUCACCCCAGUUGCUAAUCUUUGCUUGCAGGAAAAGAUACGAAGUGCACGCAAUGAGGGAAUACUAGCUGAAAAUGAAGUUAAAUUUAUAUAAUGAAAAAUCAUAACUCAUUCUGAUGGAGUUCUAUAAAACACAUGUAGUACGACUCUGUCUUUUAACAAAUUUCCAAGGCCAAACUGGGAGUGGAUUUUCAGGAUUCAAAGUGAACUGAAUGUCGUGUGCUAGCAGAAUGGUAUUGCUAAUGUAUUAUCUACAGACAACUAUGGGAGGUACCCUUCUGCUGGCAAGACCUUCCUUCUUGGCUUGGAAAUACCUCUUCAUUCCCAAGCUGGGUUAGCGGCACAUUAGCUGAUCAGAUGAACUGCAGAAAUUCUGAGUAUCACAGAAACGUCUGCCUGUGCCCAGCAGACGUGUGUGUGCGCUUUGCUGGAUUUGCAAGUGUCCCUGGCUUUUAUUGAUUCAUUUUUUAUGAGUAUCUGUUAUGUGAAACACAUGGAUACCUCUUUCUUCUCAUGUCUCUCUUCCUUACUCCCUGCAUCUCUGGUUAUAGUAACCUGUUCAGAAAUAGCUUCAGCAGUUCCUGGCUUCCACUGGUGGGGAAUGCUGUUUGCCCAUUAGAUGGCAUUCUGAAAUCUGUGCUGAGGAUCAUGCUCCAGAAAGAGUGGAAACCAGUGUUGGUUUCUUUGUAAACCACAUUAAAACUAAACGCAUGGUGUUGAAAUCCUAAAAGAAUCCCUAAUGUGCAGAAGGGGAAGUUCCUGCAAGACAGCCCAGACAGGGGGAAGCCUCAGAUUGAUUCUUGCAAGGCUCUGGGACAUUUGAAAGUGAUUUGGGAGAGCAAAGUCCGUGUCUGAUGGACACGGAACCAAAGCCAGCGUGUGUUGUGCAGCAGGCUCACUGCCCAGGAAUGAAGUGCCCUCCUUCAGAGGACUUUCCUCCUCAGAUAAGACUGUCUGAAAAAAUACCACCAGUGAAGCCUUGCUUCAAGAAGAAGCAGCAAGUGCAGAAGAGAUUGGACACAGAAACUCUCCGGGCUUUGCGGCCAAUCUUUACCAGUUUGCUGGGAGCUGGGACCUUGGAUAGAGUCUUUGUGCCCCGAGGCCAGAGUGGUGGUCAUAGUGAUUUAUGUGAGCCUACUGUGAAAAAGACUCUGGACCUCAGUAGUUCUUGUCCCCAAACAGAAAACAAUGUGACUCUGCUGAUGCCAACAGCUCCAAAUGUGCAGAGUCAGUUGCCAGUAGCUCAUCCUUCUGGGCAUCCUGAGCAGGAUGUCCAGUCAGGAGAGCAAGACCUCUCACCAGAAACGACUCCGGGAACUGCUGCUGAUAAUAGUAAUGAAUCAUUCCAGGACCAUCCUUUGCACCCAGCUGCUACUGAUGGUGCACCUUGUCCUUUGUUCCCAGACAAGAUUCUGGAAAGCUACUCAUCUAUCUUAUUCCAAGAGACUAGCUGUCCAAUUCAAUACAAUUUGAGCCUAAGCAAUAAAUUCAGUGGUGGGAUAUUCCAGGACAAAAGUGAAGAAGCUUCUCUUGAUCUGGUAUUUGAGCUUUUGAACCAGCUGCAAUAUCACACCCAUCAGGAAGAUGGAAUAGAAAUUUGUGUGGAUUUUCUCCAGGGCAGUUGUGUUUAUGGCAGUGAUUGUCCCAAACAUCACACAGUUUUGCCAUACCACUGGCAGGUGAGGAGGACAGCAACCCAGAGUUGGCAAAGUGUGACCAAUGAUUCCCAGGAGCAUCUGGAAAGGCUCUACUGCAACCCUGAUAAUGAUAGGAUCAAAGUGAAAUAUCGGGGACAUGAGUUUUGGGUGGAUUUGAAUAUUAUGAAAUUAUAUGAAAGUGUUGAGUUUGAUCAAAUGAGGCGGCUGUCCACACCUUCCUGCCCCAGCUCCAGCUCCAACUACUACACAGUCUGGAAAUACUUCUGCAGGGACCACUUUGGCUGGAGAGAAUACUCUGAGCCUGUUGUAAGAUUGAUAGAAGAAGCCAGCUGCCGCGGUCUGAAAGAAGUUCGGUUUGUUACUUGGCAUAAUCAGUAUAUCUUAAACAUCAAAGAUGGAUUCCAGCAAAAUGCGUGUUUCAGAAGAGAAAUCAAGAGGAGACCCCUUCUUCGCUCAUGCAUUGUGCUGAUGCCGUUUUUACAGACGUUGGGUGGCAACUCUCCAGUAACCUCUCCAUCAGCUGAACCAGCUUUGUCACAUGUCUUGUCUCCAGCUGCUGUUACCUCUCCAGACCUCUAUCCUGAAACCUGGAUUAGUAUGGAUCCAUCUCAGGACUUCAUCCAAGUGCCUGUUCUGAAGGAAGAUAAAAGCUAUAGAACCAUUUAUAACCUGUUUCACAAGACUGUGCCAGAGACCAAAUAUAAAAUUUUGAAAAUACUGAGAGUGCAGAAUCAGUUUCUUUGGGAAAAAUAUAAAAGGAAAAAGGAAUACAUGUCAAAAAAAAUGACUGGGCUUGACAGGAUAAUGAACGAAAGGCAUUUGUUCCAUGGCACCUCCCAGGACGUGGUGGAUGGAAUCUGCAAGCACAACUUCGACCCGCGUGUCUGUGGGAAGCAUGCCACCAUGUUUGGACAAGGCAGUUACUUUGCCAGAAAGGCAAGCUAUUCCCAUAACUUUUCCAAAAGGUCACCCAGAGGAGUUCAUUACAUGUUCUUGGCGAAAGUACUGACGGGAAGGUACACGGUAGGCAACCACACCAUGAGGAGACCUCCACCAGUGAACCCCGGCAGCAUUACCAGUGACCUCUAUGACUCUUGUGUGGACAAUUUCUUUGAGCCUCAGAUUUUUGUCAUUUUUAAUGAUGAUCAGAGCUACCCUUAUUUUAUUAUCCAAUAUGAAGAAGUUAGCAACACUGUCUCCAUUUGAAAACUUGAGCUGCUGAAGUAUUUGUUUUCUGGCAUCGGUAGCAGUUUUUGUGGGGAAAGAAAAUUUGGACAUUGCAGAACUGACUAAAUGACUUGCUUGGAAGGAACUAAAUCUCAAAAUGCAGAAAAGGAGGUGACCAAUUGUGCACUUGCUGUUGGAUUAUGUAUGUGCAAAUUGUAAAUAUUUUUCCAUUGUUUAUAGUUGAAAAUCUGUGCCUUUUGUUAUAAAACACCGUUUAUUUAUGUUAGUAAAUAUUCAUGUUUAAAAGUG